AUGGUUGCUGCAUACAUUAUAAAGUUAACUCUCGCAUUAAUUUACAUUUAUGCUCUCAAAAAUGUAGUUUUGGGUGAAUAUAGAUCUCUAAAUGGGACUAAUAAUGAUAAGAAUAAUUUAGGAGUAGCAAAUAUGCCAUUUGUGCGUGAUAAAAUGACACAAUUCUAUUAUGCUAAUAAUUCAACGUUUGCUAUGAUAUCUACUCCUGGAAAUUAUGCUGUUCCUACUACACCCAUAAACUGUGCCGAUUCCGUACCACCUGGCACUUUUCCAUUGCCUAGAUGUGUUAGCAACAAGCUUCAUGCUUUCCAAUUGAAACCCCAAGAUUCUUAUAAUUUGACACUCUUGAACCAUUAUAAAUCGAAAAGAAGAGCUUCUCAUAUGGUUACCAAUGCAUUAAGCCCUACGGGUCCAAAUGAGUCAAUCUAUAUUCCUGCAGAUGAUAAUACUUAUCAGUCGCAGUUUAAUACUUUUCUUGGUCCAAAUCUUACAAUUACUCAACCAAGUCUAGCAGUCAAUCGUUCAUCGGGAGCGAAUUAUUUAGGAGUAAAUCAAGGCACACCUUUUCUUGAUGCGUCACACAUUUAUGGAGUUGUGGAUUGGAAGCUUCAAAUGAUUCGUGAUUACGGAAACAAAGGAAAAAUGAUACUUAACAAAAACGGAAUAUCAGAUGAUUACGCCUUUGGUUAUCCACCACGAGAUCCAGCCGGCUUCGAUUAUGUUUUGGGAUAUACUCCAAACAAAAGUAGAGAUGCUUUUACUGAUAUGUUAUACACUGUUUUCCUACGUGAGCACAACCGAAGAUGUGAUGAAUUAUAUGCGAUUAAUCAUGCCAAUUGGGACGAUGAAAAAUACUUUCAAGAGGCACGAAAAUGGGUUAUUGCACUUAUACAAAAGAUAACUUUUUAUGAAUAUGGCAAUGAUGAAUACCGUAUUGUCGAUAAUAAUGGUUACGUGACCACUACUUUGAAAUUAAACCAACUUCAAGAACCUUUCUUACUUGAGACUUAUGGUGUUCCGGCGCUUGCGUCAUCGAUUGCUCUUGAAGUGCAAGAUGAAGUUGAUAUAUAUCUUUGUGAUCAAAUGCGAUAUUUCAUGUACAAAACUGACCUCUUGGAUUUAGCAAGUAUCGAUGUUUUUAGAGCUCGAGAUCACGGGAUCCUAUUAUAUAACGAUGCUAGAGAAGUCUUCAAUUUAAGUCGAGCUAAAACUUGGUCUGAUAUUUCGUCAGAUCCAGUUACUCAACAACGCUUACAAAAUACAUAUGGUUCUGUUGAUCUAGUUGAGGCUUUUCCAGGAGGUCUUGCUGAGGAUCAUGUUAAUGGUUCAAAUCUUGGUCCAUUAUUUUUUGCUAGCUAUGCGGAUCAGGAUGCUGGAUUUACUCAAGAUGAAAUAGAUUUAAUUCAUAAUACAACAUUAGCAAUGGUGAUUAGUCGAAAUAUACCAGCCACUGCAAAUUUGCCAUCAAAUAUAUGGAUAGUUCAACCUGCUGCUGUUCCAAAUGUCACCACCACCGAUAGUGCUUAUCCUCAAUUUAACGUUUUAAAAUUUUCCAAUACAUAUCAAGCUCAAUGGAGAAUUGAUGGUUCUGAUAUUUAUUUUUUAAUAACAUUUCAAAGUUCGAACGGCUGGUGUGGUAUUGGUUUCAACCCUACAGAUAAUGGCAUGACGAACGCUGAUAUGACAAUCAUAUCAGUCAAUUCAUCAGGCAUAGACGUUGGAGUUUACAAUUCUGUUACUUACCAACGUCCUACUGAAGACUAUAGUGCCAAAUUCCUUACUGUUACAAAUAAAACUUUUAUUGGCGGAUACACUCAAGUGGAAUUUAAACGUCCCCUUAGUGCACCUAAUCGACAACCAAUUACUGCUUCCUCGAUAAAAACAAUCUUUGCUUUUAAUCCAAACAGCUAUCAACUAAAUUACCAUGGUGGAAAUCGAGGUCUCAUGCUAGUCAAUUACAUUACAGGACAAAGUUCUCCUGUUGGUACUAAUGUUGUGGAUAGUAGAAAUAUGCAAUUGACCCACGGAAUUGGAAUGUUUUCAAUUUGGUGUAUCUUAUUCCCAGUAUCAAUAUGGAUUGUUAGGUAUAUGAGACAUAGGGAUACAUAUAUGUUUGAGCAUCGUAACCUUCAAAUCCUUGGCGCUAUUUGUGUUGGAAUAUUUGGAGCUGUAGCGAUGUCUUCAGUUACAAUCCAAUUUAGAGUUCCUCAUGGAAUACUUGGUUCCACAGUUUAUACAACUUUAGUUGCUCAAGUUGGACUUGGAAUAUUGGCAAUGUUUGGAUUGGCCUAUGUUGAAUCUGCAGCAACCGGGAUAGUACUUUGGUUAAAAUAUAUACAUUUCUAUUUGGGAGCGGCAGUUAUGGCCUGUGCAUUGGUUAAUGUGUAUCUUGGAAUAGUUCAAUUCGGACAAAAUUAUAAUGUUGAUGUAGCUAUAGUGACCUAUCUCUACUUGGCUUGGUUUGUCAGUGAAUUUUAUUACAAAAUUAAAAAUCUACAAUUCUUGUGGCCAACACGAGUAAUAAAUGGACCUAAUAGACGACUUCACAGUAGAAUUCCCGAAAAAAUUUAUGAAUUACUCCCUACUCAUACAUGGGAAGUAACAUGUCUUGUCGUGGCAGAAGGAUUAGUAUUUGAUAUUAAUAAAUGGAUAAGAAUUCAUCCUGGUGGACAAAGAAUUUUACGCAGAGUGAUUGGAACAGAUAUUACCAACGAUUUCUUUUUUGAUCCAAAUGUACAAAUGACCAUUACUAAAACCUUUGAUAAAGAGCAUGAACUUUUAAAUGCAUUACCUACAGAAGAUUCAUUACAAGAUGAUAACCUUCCAUUGAAGCGCAAGAGAAUUGUUUCCCAUGUUCCAAAAUCUGCUGCAAGGACAAUUGAUUUGAUUAAUAGUGUAACCUUUAAAAACACUCGAGUUGCAAUGCACAGACAUUCUAAAUUUGCAACUGCUAGAUUGGCGACAAUGGUCGUAGGACGUAUUAUUGAUUAUGAGCACGAAAAGGUUGAGAACCCAAUCAUUGAUGGAAUAAUUCCAUAUACAGCAAACAAAACAAUCGAAGUACCAAAACUUCCUGCAAUUGUAUUUAGAAGAUACGUUCUUAUAAAUGUCGAAGAAGUUACGAGAUAUGAUGCCGAAAAUCCUGUGAAAAAGUUUACUUUUCAAAUCAUUCAUCCAUUUGAUAAAUUACCAAAAAUUUUACCCGGUGAUUAUAUUGAAGUUAUGAGCUAUUCAAACAAGGCGACUAUUGUUCGACAAUAUACAGCACUUAAAGGACCCACCGAAAAUACUUUUUCAAUUAUUGUAAAGAUUUAUAAAGAUGGUGUUAUGUCCCAACAUUUGGUAAAAUUGUUUUUCUAUGUUGCUAUCGCUGUUCGAGGGCCAUUUGAUGUUUCUGACCGAAUUGUACCGACUUCAUCUAUUAUUCCAAACUUUGAACCAACAGGUUUACGAUAUAGAUCGUCUACACGUCAAGGUACACGUACACUUUCGGUUGUUAGCAGUAGGUUACGACCAGCAACAGCAACAGAAAGUGAAAGUGAAAAAGAUUCUCCAACACAACCAAGACUUUUAAUGAAUCAUAGAAGAGAUGACAAAUGUUGGGAUCGUCUAUUCCUUAUCUGCGGGGGUACAGGCAUAACACCUGGACUUCAAUUGAUCCAAUAUCAUCUGGAUCAAGCAGAAUAUUUAAAUUCUGAAUUUAAAAUUCAUCUACUAUUUUCAAAUAAUUCAAUUGAAGAUAUUAUCAGUUAUAAAUAUCUUUUGUAUCUUCAAGAACAGAGUAAUGAAAAAUUAACAGUAGAUUUUGUUCUGACAAAAGCACCACCAUCAUGGGAGGGCUAUGUAGGACAUAUAGAUGAUAAUGUAUUGUAUCAUUGGAUGAGUAGUAACUAUAAAAUUGAACAACCGCCAGAAAUUCCAGAAAGACCAAAUGUUUCACGAUCACGAUCACGCACAUCCUAUAGGAAUAAUUACACGAGUGAAAUUGAUUUUGAAGAUACAGCUGAUGAUGAAGAAUUUGGUGAUACAUCAUCAACUCGAGGGCAUUCCAUUAUAUCAAAUAGAGGAACAAAUACACGACCACCAACAAGUGUAUGGUUGAAGAUGCAUGAGAGACAAGAAUAUAUAGAUCUUUUGACAAAAGAUGAUUCACAAGAAUUAAGGGUCAUGGUUUGUGGACCUCAACCUAUGAUGGAUAGUAUCAGAAUAAGCCUAGGCAAGCUAGGAUUCCCUGAUGAAAAAGUUUAA